GACUACCAGGAUGCAGCCCUUCUCAACAUUCUUUGGUAUUUGCUGGGUCUGUCUUCAGACACUAUGUGUCUCGUGAAAAACCAGGUCGCUGUUUACCCUGGUGGGUGUCUAUUUAUCACCUUUAAGCGCAUGAAGUCUGCCUCGAAUGAAGGAGCGUCGAUUUUUCACGACCCAAACGAUUUUUCGUCUUGCCCAAUUCAUGCACUAGCUUUGGCUACAAUUAUGCAGUCGACUCCAAGCGAGUUUCUCAUGGAUCAACUUCCUCGAGAUACACAAGAGGUCCUGCCGACUGAAAUUGGCGAAACGCCGCUCCGCGAACUACUUGAUGCGCGUACCAGGUCCCCAGCAACCUCCAACUCUGACAAUGCGAAAAAAGCGACAGUCCCCGGAAUUCACGCGUAUGUUAAUCGCGUACUGCAGAAGUGGAGUGGUGUCUGGCAAACCGAAGGUACUAACCUGACGCCAGGGCUAUCAUCGCAUUCAUUUCGGCGUGGAGCUGCUCAAAACGCGAAUAGUGACAGCAAAAUCAGCACACCUUGGAUUCUAGACCGUGGAGGCUGGAGCAUGAGUGCUGUGAGCAAAGCGUUCAAUUAUAUUGUUGGCACGACGCAGGGAGAUCAAACCGUCGGCAAGUCGUUAGCUGGAUGGGAUUUAAAAGCUAACGACGAACUCUUGCGGAGGCAAACCUUGCUCUUGGAGCAGCAGACGCAGAUCCUUGGAGGGCUAGCAGCAGAAGUGAAGGCAUUGAACCAGCGGGUGCAGCGGCUUGAGCACCCAUCGGACGUAACCACCGCUCUGUCGCCAACAGCAGCUGGUAGCCUGUCGAGCUCGUCCAGCGCUUUGUCGGAUACUGCAAGCGGCGCGGCAACUCGUGCGCAUUCGCGUGCGAAGCCACUCGCGACUGUGGUUUCUGCCCCCGUUGCCAGCGCGCGUCCAAACCGGCGGCGCUAUCACGAGUGCAAGGUGGCCGUGGCCUUUAUGCGGGUUUUUCUCCCAGCCGGAUACAACGUGACCGGAGAUGAGGUCACAGCAAAGGGACGCAUCCUGAGCUCAGGACGGGAGGCCGAGGCAAACGUUUUUGCUUUCCUGGAGGCUAAGAAUGUCAAAGCAAAGUCGCAUGGCACAAUUGUUAAGGUUUUGAAGCGGAUGUAUGCUCAAGGCAAGCUAGACGACCGCAUCAGGAAUUACCAGCGACUUAAGCAGGAAGGCAAGGCUCUUAAAGAUGCACUGGUGUAUGUUCUUGAGCCCUACAACAGUCACAGCACAACGUAA